UCAAUUUCAUCGGCCUCACUCAUCCAUCCCGGUUUGACCUCUGAGAUUUGUGUAAUUCCUCCAUGGCAACUGCUCUGCUUCGGAGAACCAGUAUCAUUCACAAUGCCCGCCGCUUCAAGUUCCCUAGCUCAUGGUUUCUCAGUGAGCUGCUGACUCAGCAUUUUCCGAUCGAUAAGGCUGUGAAUGAAAAUGCUAUUCGUAGAGUUUCAAAGGGUGUUUCAUUUUACUCCCAGGUCGCUUCUGGUGGUGGAGUCCCAUCGUAUAUGCGGGGAGCUGUAUUCUGGGAAUUUGGAAAGCCUCUCUCUAUGGAGGAAUUCCACAUCCCUCGCCCCAAGGCUGGAGAAGUUCUCGUUAGAACUAAGGGUUGUGGAGUAUGCCACUCUGAUCUCCACGUUAUAAAAGAUGAAAUUCCUUUUUCCAGUCCUUGCGUGCUGGGACAUGAGAUAACUGGCGAAGUUGUUGAACAUGGCUCUCUCACAGACAAUAAAACAAAAGAAAGGCUUCCCGUUGGAUCUCGAGUCGUUGGUUCCUUCAUUAUGCCUUGUGGCAACUGUUCUUACUGUUCAAAGGGGCAUGAUGAUUUAUGUGAAGCUUUCUUUGCUUACAACCGGGCAAAAGGAACCCUCUAUGACGGUGAAACUCGGCUGUUUCUCCGCGGCAGUGGAAAACCAGUCUACAUGUAUAGUAUGGGAGGGCUUGCGGAAUACUGUGUUGUGCCCGCAAAUGCGUUGACCGUAUUACCAGACUCAUUGCCAUAUACAGAGUCUGCAAUACUAGGAUGUGCCGUCUUUACUGCAUAUGGUGCUAUGGCCCAUGCAGCUGAGGUGCGUCCAGGGGAUUCUGUUGCUGUUAUUGGAACGGGAGGUGUUGGUUCUAGCUGUUUGCAGAUUGCUAGAGCAUUUGGUGCUUCUGAAAUUAUUGCUGUGGAUGUUCAGGAUGAAAAGCUAGAGAAAGCAAAAACAUUCGGCGCUACUCACACCGUGAAUGCAGCACAAGAAGAUCCAAUUGGAAAGAUAAUUGAAAUAACUGGUGGAAAAGGUGUUGAUGUUGCUGUGGAAGCCUUGGGAAAGCCGCAGACGUUCUCCCAGUGCACACAAAGUGUGAAGGAUGGAGGAAAAGCUGUGAUGAUUGGACUAGCACAAGCUGGUGCUGUAGGACAAAUGGAUAUAAAUCGUCUUGUUCGUAGAAAGAUAAAAAUUAUCGGAUCGUAUGGAGGUAGAGCAAGGCAAGAUCUUCCUAAGUUAGUCAGACUGGCAGAAACAGGUAUCUUCAAUCUUACCAAUGCUGUUUCUAGAAGAUACAACUUUGAGGAGGCAGGCAAAGCAUUUGAAGAUCUCAAUCAGGGAAAAAUUGUUGGACGAGCUGUCAUUGAGAUAAGAUAAUCUUGUUUUACAUUGCAUUCAAUGCUUUGUGGCUAGAAUUCUGCUUCUCGCCCGUAAUGCAAGGAACUGGUGGCCUGAGAACACAUGAUGGAUAUUUUUUGCUCACAUUCUGCUCAUCUGUACUGAUAACAGUUCCUAAUGGCCAUGAUGUGUUCAAAACACUCAAAUAAAAUGAAUAUUUUCAUGUCACGUCUGGUUCAUUUUGUCGAGAUAGUUGCAUUUGGAUAUCUCAAAGUUAAAUCCUACGGAUUAAAGAUAUUAUAAUGGCUGAAGUCCUCAUAAUUGACGUCUUAUGAAUAUACUGCAUUCAUGCAUUGUGCACUACAUGAAUAAGUAGUCCUGCAUUUUCUGUUUAACUGAGUAAGAAAGCAUCGGGGCCCCUCAUCUUCUCUUGUAGGGUCUAUCCUGCAUGCAGCCAGGGAAAAGAAGGACAAAGGGGAGAAAAUAAAGAAAAAAAUAAUGUCCACCUCCUUUUGGGGCCGCAGCCCUUCCCUUGGAUGCUCUCCAUCAUCCUUUUUUCCAUGCAGCUCAGCACCCACAUACACCUGUUCUUGCAAUUUUUCAGCUAUUGCGUCAGCGAGUUCCCUCAAAGGAAGCGUGCCUGCCAAAACAAAAGCUCAUUCAUGGAGUGCAAUACACACACAAUGCAAGCAUUUUGAUGAAAAUCCAACAAGCUGCAUAGUCCAGCACACUUGGAUCAAACACAACGACUCAUUAGUUUUGCACAAAAUAAAUACCCUUCAAUAAAAACCCAACAGAUUGUAUAAUCCAAAAAGACUUGAAUCAAACACAACUGUUUGUUUGUCA